UUGUAUGAAGCCUUUUCUCUUCCAUAUUGAUUUUUUCCGUGUCCAUCCAUUGCAUGUCUAGAACAUUUCUGAUUCCAUGAAAUAAUCAAUAGUCGUAUCAUUCUCGUUAGUCGACGGUUUCCACUAGAAAAGUCGCAGUUUGCAAUCAAGAACUCAGCACGAAACAUCUACUUGCGCUACCCCGCACGAAUUCCCUCCAUAAACACGACUCCCUUACCAUGAUCUACAGAAAUGGACCCAAAAAGUGACGAUGUAAAAAUAGGGGGCAUAAGCAAAGUGUCUUUACCUUUCUAUGAGCCCCCAGCCAGAAAAACCAGUGCGGAAAUCAUCAACGAAGCCCGACUCGCCAUUAGAGAAUCCCAAAUGGCGGAAAGCUCGUUUAUUUCGACUCCUAUUAAACCCCUACAAACCCAAAGACCUUUCACUCCACGGAACAAGGAAAGGCUACUUUUUGGAAAAAAGGCUAAAUCGAACAGACCGCCUAGUUCGUUUAGCCUACGGUACCUUCAAAAUGAAGCCGAAAUUCCAACAAACAUACACGAUUCCAACAUGAUCCUCAGUCCUCAAAUGCUAACCUCAACGGCAAAAAUCAACUCGGGAACAAAUACAAUUCCUAAAUCAGGUAUAGUAAAGCAGCGUUCAAAUUCCCUGUCGGAAAUCACCGACAACAAAAUCUUCAACAUCGGUAUCAAAGAAGUGUGUUUAAACAAAGUCAAGUUGCCUUCAUUAGACCACUUAAAACCUCUACAAAAAAGGAAACUUUUCAAAAAUACCACAUCACUGGAUAAUCUUCCCGAGGAACAGGAAGAAUUAAAGAACACCGAACCACGAAAAGCCUUCAGUUCUCCGCAAGAACGCACAGAUUUCAACGAAAAUCUCGAUUCACCUUUCGGUCGGUCGUCAAUCAAGCAAAAAAAUUUAUCUCAAUGUCUUCUUUUGGGUCCACAAAAUCUAAACAAAAUAUUUGAUAACAAACACAUUAUUGAAAACUCUGAGACACUCUUUGUCCGGACAGGUUACUUUAAUAGGGAACUAAGUCCGCAGCGUCGAAAUAAAGUACAAAAUUCAAUUUUAGCUGCGGAAAGUAAGGAGAGAAGUGUUGAAGAUGUUAUUAACGACCUAAAUUACGAAAGCGUCAAAAUGGAUAAUGAGGAUCGUGUUAUCGAGUUACUGGAGGAGUUGUAUGACCGCAUGGAGACAGAAAAUCUACUCAACACAAAAGUUAGCUCCAAGAUGAAAAUUCACAUUUUGAAGGCGUUGUAUAAGUAUGUGGAGUCGCAAAAUGAGAAACUGUUGCUGAACAUCGCAAGGGUUAUUUUGGGGCUGAAAGUAACAGGAAAUAACCUGAGUGGAGUAUGCAAACUAAUUUUCAAAGUGUCGAAGAACGACAAAAACGACUACUUAUUCUUCCAGAAAAAUAUAUUAGAAUUAUUUUUGGAUGCCUUGGGUCGUUCAAGCCCACUAGAUGAUGCCGAAGCCUGCGUAUACGGCUAUGGAUCUGUGAAAUUUUUAACAAUGAACACAAAACUUUUAGAUAAAAUUUUAUCCUUAGGAAUUUUACAGUUGAUGGUUUUGCACGUUAAAAUAAUAAAUAACGCUAAAGCGGAUAAAACAUCAAUGCCUGAACAAACAAAUCAUGCCUUGUUUCAACUAACUGGUGCCUUAAGAAAUAUUGUUUCAGAGGAAACUAUUUAUGAAACUUUUAUCUCUUGUGGAGCUGUUCAGCAGUUAUGUCAAACGAUGAAUUUGUUUUCUUCGGAUUUAGAUAUCAUAAGCAACAUAUCAAGAAUUUUGAGUACCAUAUCUACAAACGACUGUUGUUGUGACAGUCUCGUGGAGUAUAAGGACAUUUAUAAAGUCUUUAUACACCUUUUUGAGAAAUAUCCUGGCAAUGAAGAAAUUAUUGUCAGAUUGGCGUACACUUUAGGAAAUAUAGUAGCAAAAAUUGAUAAUACUCGGGUCAAAUUUUAUCACGAAAAAAACUCCGUUAAAAGUCUUCUAAACCUAUGGAAAAUAUAUCUGGAAAGAACUCUGAAAAUUUGUUCUUUAAAAAGCGACAACGAUUCAAUCGAAAAUGGAAAUCCUGAAGACGUAAUGAUUAAAGUAAUCAGAGUCAUUGCAAACAUGGUAAUUAACCCUGAGAUAGGUAAAGCUGUCAACGAAUCCUACGGAUGCCUCUUAAUAGACGAAUUUUUAAAAGUUUUAAUCAGCAACCCGUUCAAAAAGAACGAGGAAUUAGUGAUGUCCAUUUUAAGCACCCUCAACAAUUUAUCUUAUUAUUACACGUCGGACAUGGAACAGGACAUUUUUCACAUAAAACAAGUAGAAAUCGUUGAAGGCAUAACCGAAUACUGUAAAUCCCGCAAUAAAGAAUCAGUAAUAGAAUCCAUGAGAAUUUUGGGCAACUUGUCCCGGUCAAAAAUAACACGGGACUAUAUCGCCAAAUCUGAAGUAUUUCCAGUGUUAGUCAACAUUUUAGAAAAAGUAGACCUGACUCUACUCAAAACAACGAUUGGAGUUUUUGUUAACUUAAUGGCUGAUAAUAAGUCGCGAAAUUUGUUCAAAAAUCAAGGAGGAGUGUCCAAACUGAUUGCGAUUUUAACAAAUUUCGCCCAAAACGACUGGUUAUUGGGAAUGUUGGUGUGUCAAGUCAUCUGGAAUUAUUGCAUUGAAACUGCAGAUUUGUAUGAACUUAUUCCAGAUGACGAAAUUCAACAGUUGUUAGUCAUUUUAGCCGACUAUCUUGAUGAAGAAAAGUUAUUUGGUAUCACCGAAGGCUCAGAGGAUGCUGAGAUCUACGUUACUCAAGAAUAUCUAAUUUGGGAAGAAUUUGCAAGUGUUGCGACGAACUUACUUGAAAAGAUUGAAUACUUCUUAGAUACUUUCGACCAAAUACAUAUAGAGAACGAAACAGCGGUAACACAAAAAAAGGAUUCGAGUACUAACCUCAGUUUUGCAGCUUGGUAGAUUUAGAAAUUUGACAACAUAUAAAUAUUUAUCAAUUUAUACCCAUCUUAUUUAUUAGAAAGGCUGAUAGCAGUUUAUAGACUUUUUUAUUUAUACAAAAAUAUAUUUUA